GGGUACGUACAAGUGAAUCCCAGAGGACUGACGUCGGCAGCCCAAAGGUUUGAGCCCUCGGUGGCAACCUCAGCACUAGGUUAGUGUCGUUACUGUAAGUUGACUACCCCAGGAGCUAGCUUCAGCGUCAUGAUCGACAUCCUCAGGGAGGAAAAUUGGAAGCUUUCUCAAGAAGUUUGGGACCUAAGAAGCAGAGCAGACGCAGAGUCGAGACAGAGACAGCUCGUGGAAGAAGAAAACCGUCGAUUACAUAACAACCAACAAUGGCUUGAAGGCCAGGUUAGAGACUGUGCAGCCGCGGUCGACUACUUCAAGAACAGUGUCGCGAGAUGCUUCCUUGGACUGGACAAAGUAUUGCCUAUACUGGAGGACUUGAGAAAGGACACGUCCUUAGAUAGGGCCAUGAGCCGCAGCGUGACGUAGAGUCGCACGAUUGGAUGAUCAGGACACUAUGGUGAGAUCCAGCUCUGCUUGUAGGGGUGGACGGAUGCUUGACAACGAUGCCGCGGAGAUCGUCGAAUGGGGACUGCGAUUGCCCGGACAAUGAUGCAGGUCAACCUGAACACCGAGCUUUCGAAGGCCGUGAAAUGGGAUAACCUUGUGGUAUGUAUGCGUGCUGAACGUCAAGUGCAAGAUUUCGACCCUGCUGUUUACAGUGAGGUUGGCGGCAUGCGAAGAUGUAUUUCCAAAUGAUAUAGUUAUCGCAAUUCGUAAAGUAGUGGGAAAGGAGCCAAGACCACCAUGGUCGCGUUAGCUUGAUACGAUCUACGUUAGUG